AUGCCCGUCUCCUCGACCUAUCCUCCCAUCCAGGUUCCUAAUGUCGACAUCUGGACGUUCCUUUUCGAACGAAACGAUAGACCCUUCCCAGAAGACAAGAUCAUCUACCAGGAUGCCGAUACCCAGCGAUACUACACCUACAAAGGCGUGAGAGAUGCCGCGUUAUCCUUCGGACAGGGACUCAAGGCCAUCUUCGACUGGCGAAAAGGAGAUGUCCUCGGCCUCUUCACCCCCAAUUGCAUCGAUACUCCGAUCGUGACAUGGGGAGCCCACUGGGCCGGUGGUGUCGUGUCCCCAGCCAACCCAGCAUACACUGUCGACGAAUUGGCUUUCCAACUUGGAAACGCGGGUGCCAAAGCACUGAUCACUCAGGUCUCUGCUCUCCCAGUGGCCGCGGAGGCUGCCAAGAGGGUUGGAAUAACUGAAGACCGGAUCAUCCUCAUUGGAGACGAGCGCGAUCCCAACGCCAAAUUUAAACAUUUCACCUCCAUCCGAAAUAUCUCCGGUACGACCAGAUUCCGCAAGACCAAGAUUGUACCUGAGAAGGAUUUGUCGUUUCUGGUUUAUUCGUCGGGGACGACUGGUGUGCCCAAGGGAGUGAUGCUUUCCCAUCGGAAUAUCGUCGCCAAUAACCUGCAGCUUGCUGCCGGAGAAGCUGGCCAACUUACCUGGAACGGCGGAGCAGAUGGAAAGGGUGACCGAGUAUUGGCAUUUUUGCCUUUCUACCACAUCUAUGGGUUGACUGCACUCGUUCACCAGAGUCUGUAUAAGGGUCUGCAUCUAAUCGUCAUGCAAAAGUUUGACCUUGAAAAGUGGUGCGCACAUGUUCAAAACUACCACGUCACUUUCAGUUACGUCGUUCCUCCCGUGGUCCUCCUGCUAGGCAAGAACCCAGUAGUCGACAAGUAUGAUUUGUCCAGUCUCCGCAUGAUGAACUCGGGUGCUGCACCACUCACGCAGGAGCUCGUCGAGACAGUCUACGCGCGUAUCAAGACCGGCAUCAAGCAGGGCUACGGCCUUAGUGAGACCAGUCCAACCACACAUACUCAACCAUGGGAGGAGUGGCGUACGUCGAUUGGGUCCGUGGGCAAGCUGCUACCCAACAUGGAAGCCAAGUACAUGACCAUGCCUGAGGAUGGCUCCGACCCAACCGAAGUCGCCGUCGGCGAGGUGGGCGAGCUGUAUCUGCGCGGCGACAACAUCUUCCUAGGCUAUCACAAUAACCCGUCCGCGACGGCCAAUUCGCUGUCCAAGGACGGGUGGUUCCAGACCGGCGACGUUGGCUAUCAAGACAAGAAUGCCAACUUCUACAUCACCGACCGCGUCAAGGAGCUCAUCAAGUACAAGGGUUUCCAGGUGGCGCCGGCCGAGCUCGAGGGAAUCCUAGUGGAUAACGAAGCCGUCGACGAUGUCGCCGUGCUCGGCAUUGAGAGUGAAGCUCAUGGCACCGAAGUCCCGCUGGCGUAUAUCGUGCGGAGUGCAAAGAGUAAAUCCUCGGGCCUCAGCGCAGAACAGGAAGCUUCCAACAUUGUAAAAUGGCUGGAUGGCAAGGUUGCAUACCACAAACGCUUGCGUGGUGGUAUCCGAUUUGUAGAUGAAAUUCCCAAGAGCCAUAGUGGAAAGAUCCUGCGACGAGUGCUCAAGAAGGCAGCCAAGGAGGAAGCCAGCCAGGCACUGGGUGUUGUCAAGGCCAAGUUGUAG